UUUUAAAGUAUUAGUAACGCAGUGCUUUGUUAUUUUGGGUUGUGGUGCGGUUUGAGGCAGUCGGUUACUAUUAAGAGAAGAGUUUGCUCGCCAUUCAAUUAAAAAGAAGUUUCCUAUAAUACUUUACUAUCAGCUAAAUCAAUUUAGUGAUUGCUCGUUGUCAAUUAUCAUUAUAUUUUGGGGAUUUCAUUGGAUAUAUUGCCCCAGUAUGCUUGUUCGACGGUAUGAUGACGGGCAAAUACGGCAACAUGGAGUUCCCCGUCAAUCACCAAGUCAUACUGCGGACAUUCACUGGUUGCUUCCCAAUCAAGAUCGACCUCACAUUACGAGGAGUUUUUCAUGUAAAGCAAUGGCUGUGCAGUCGUGGAAUCCGAAGCCGUGUUGGUCGUUCGGCCUUUCUCGAUCUGCUACAACUCCUUCUGGAUGUUACUUGUCUUGCCCAUCAUCCAGCUUCCAUCAAAUGGCACGUAUGAUGGAUCGGAUGAUGGUGGAAAGCCUUCAGCCGUUCGGGUUCGCGCGCAUGACCACCCGCCGCGGUGGUAACCACGGCGAUGGUGACGACAAAGAGCCGCCGCGCGACGGCCUGCGCACGGAACGCAGCGACAUCAGGCGGGAGCGAGCCAAACACCAGCCGAAUACCCACGCCGGCAAUGGCACCAGGCAUCCGCCUACACAGGUGGUGAAACCAACGCAAGCAAACACAUUCCAAGAGCAACCGCUAGACCAAGCCAAACAGACAGACCCCACUACGGAGAAAUGGGCAGGAACACUUCGCAAACGAGAUCCAGACAUCCAGCCCACGCUGCCGUCAAUAGUCUCCAGAAAACCGUCAUCAACAUCAUCAGUGAACAGUGGAAGGAAAACCAGAUCAGUAGAAAGAAUGCCAAGGCCUCGAAGACAGUUGGCGCCAAUCAAACCCACUGUUAGAAAAGACGUUCCUACAGAAGGAGCUGACGUCACAAUUCUGGAAAAAGACGAAAAAGUUUUCGAUGCAACUGGAUAUGAGUUACAUUUAGUGGAGACGUUGGAAAGGGAUAUCUUACAGAAGAAUCCAGAUGUACGUUGGAAGGAUGUGAUUGGUCUGGACGAUGCGAAGUCUGUGUUGCAAGAGGCAAUGGUCCUGCCACUGGUCAUGCCGGAUUACUUCAAGGGUAUCCGCCGUCCGUGGAAAGGUGUGUUGUUGACGGGUCCUCCGGGCACUGGGAAGACGUUGCUCGCCCGAGCGGUCGCCACAGAGUGCCGGACCACCUUCUUCAACGUCUCAUCAGCUACACUCACGUCCAAAUACAGGGGCGAUUCGGAGAAACUCGUGCGGUUGUUGUUCGAUAUGGCGGCGUUCUACGCUCCCAGCACGAUAUUCCUAGACGAGGUGGACUCUCUGUGCGCGGUGCGCGGCGCCGACUCGGAGCACGAAGCCUCCAGGCGGUUCAAGGCAGAGCUGCUCAUACAGAUGGACGGACUGGCCGCUGCUUUUAAUCGUGAUAAGAUCAUAAUGGUUCUGGCCGCGACAAACCACCCGUGGGACAUCGACGAGGCGUUCAGAAGGAGGUUUGAGAAGAGGAUCUACAUCGGCCUGCCUGAUGAGGUGACGCGGAUCAAGUUGUUGAAAUUGUACCUACGCGAGGUGGCGCUCGCCGAUGACAUCGACUUUACCGAGUUGGCUAAUAAGUUAGACGGUUACAGCGGCUCCGACAUUUGUAAUCUUUGCAGAGACGCGGCGAUGAUGACAAUGCGCAGGAAGAUAGCCGGCAAGAGCCCUGAUCAGAUCAGGAAGCUGAAACGGUCGGAGCUGGAGGCGCCGGUGUCGCGCGGAGACCUUGAUUCCUCGAUGGAGAAGACACGGCGCACCGUCACACCAGCUGAUGUCGCACGGUACACCUCGUGGAUGCAGAAGCACGGCUGCUCCUAGCGCCGGGGCCGCGCGCUGCGGGCGCUGCUGCGUCGGCUGCGCAACGCUUGAGUUUCACGUCGCGUGAGUUCACCAACAUUCAUACUGACAUCUGGGAACAAUAUUCUAUAUUCUGGGUAUUACUGUGUGAAUGAGUCUGAGUAAUUUAUUCAGUUUAGAAUACGAAGGUUUUGUAGAGCUUGAUUCAUAUCUAUCAGUAAACAGUACGUAGUUUGAAAUAAAUAUAAUAAGUUAUAUGAAAACCAGUAUAUAAUUGUAUGUAAAAUGGUGGUAGAUGUGAAUAAAGCUUGAAUAAAUAAGAUAGGGUACAUUUUUGGUUACAUUACUAACACUUUUAUAUUACUAAUAAUUUAUAAAUUUAAUGAUAUUCUAUAUUAAAAAUUAAUUGAUAUUAAAUUGGGUUUAGAACGAAAAUAACUGGCUGUUUUUAAAAAAUAUUUUAAACUACGCUUGGAAAGUGUUUAGAUUCGGCAAAACCUGUAAAAAUAACAAUAAGGACAGAGUUUGAAGUUUUCCAUAAUGUAAAAGAUUUGGGAGUAUUCGUGCAAUAUUUAUGGGUCUUCCUUUCUUUGUGACCUCUAAAUUAAAGACCAAAAUGUUCGUCAUUAUUAAUAUACUACUACUGGUAAUAUUAUAUAUCGAUGAGGUUUAUGCAAGUUCUAUACCAUUGUAAAAUUAGUUUAAUAUCCAUUGUUGUAGGUACAAAUGUGCUUACACCGCUGUCUAUUUGUCUUUUCUUUAGCUACACAUUCUUUGUCCGAAUGGCGCUUGGUAAAAUUGAAUUAAAUAAAAAUAACUCGGCGAUGUUGAAACCUCGUCUAUAUAAUUAUGGAAUAUAGGUACGCUAAGAAUGCGCGGAAAUAGAAAUGUUAACAACUAGACGGCUUUUGCUAAAAAAUAGGUAUAUUUAACUUUCUUUCUCUUUUGAGAAAGAACAAUUACGCGGGGCAGAGAGUUUUUUACUGUCAAACUAUUAUCGACAUUGUUUCAUUGAAAUAAUAUUCAAAAUCAAUUAACACAACAUUGCAAUGCAAUUUAUUAAAUAAGUAUAUAUAUGGGUAUUAUAACUAUAGCUCGCUAACACCACUCAGCUAUAAAACAGUUUUUAAUUGCCUUAAUCCAGGGUGAGCGUAAAAAAAUGUUUUUAACUAAUGCGAACUGUUAGCUAAUACGGUAAGUACUUUCAAUAGUACAGUAGCUAACCCGGCUAACUGGUACCUUAGCUAGUCCAGUGCAAACAAGAUAGAGAUCAACUUGCAGAAAGCCUUUUGCAGUCCCCCGGAUUAUUACCUAAAAUGAUUUAUACGCUUUUUAAAAAGGAUAGAAUAUCGCGUUUUUCGUUCUAGAUUUGUUAACAUUUCUAUGAUCCGUUUUUCUAUAAUACUUUUAUAAUAAAUGUGAAAAUAUAUUAAACAAUGUUUAAUGUAAGAAAUAUAUUUAUGGAAUCGAGAAUGUCGUAGGUUACGGUGUGUAAAGUGAAAGGCUAAAAUUAAAUUAUAGAAAAUUUUCUGGUUUUUGUUCAUAUAUUGUUUUGGGUGAAAACAAUUUAUAAAAUUUUACGAUUUGUUUUAAUUUGUUUGAAAUUAUGUUAAAAGGUUAUAUAGGGUGUAAUGAAAUACUGUCGUUGGAUUAUAUUCGUUUAUUGAGGAAUGGUGUGAUUUCGUCUCAUUAUCGUGGAGAUGUAGAGUGCUGUCGGUUUGUGUAACGUUUAUAAUAAAUGAGUUUUAUA